AUGACAAAGACAAAGGCUGAUGUUAAUUCGCCAACUCACUUUGUCUCGCCGAAGGAAAGGAGACACAGGCACAAAAUGGAAAGCGGGACGGAGAGCAUCGACAGCGGGCAGGCGAAGCCCCAACAACAGCACCAGUUCGAGCAACAGCCCGUAGUGCAGCCCAUUCAAGUCAACGCAAAGAAAAAAAUUAAUCGGGCUCCAUCACCCGCCAGACCCAAGGAUGUGCCUGGAUGGUCCCUCACCAAGAUCCGAGGAGGAAUCGGUACACCAACACUGAGCGUUAAACCAGGAUCCAUACAUUUAGGCAGCCGGGUGUCCAGGCGUAGUCCGGUUAGCGGGAAAGAGACAAAAUCUGAGAAAGGAAAACUGCCGGGAAAAUCCACACUAUCGGUUGCCAGUGCCCAGAAGAGCGGCAGUAAAUCGAUGAAAGGUGGUCGGAGGAAGGUGUCUGAUGCGAGCAACGCCUCCGACGACCUGAGCAAAGACUCCGGUUGCGCUGCGGGCAAACUGUCGCCAACGGAUAGCAGUUCCGAGCUCUCCGAUUGCGCCUCCGAGGAGAAUAAACUCUUCACCGACGCUCUGAGUAGUGACACGGAAUCCAACAGCCGAGGCGGGGGGCUUGAUGGCGAUAAACCGAGCAGUGACUGCGUACAUGGGCCACUGGAUAAGGGUAGUCGUGGUGACCAUCACGCCAAGACCCCAGUGGAUAAGGACCGACUCUCCCUGGCAGUGGAGACCGUGGGGGGGAGCAUUUCUCCCGGGGAUGAACGGUCUCUCACCUCGUUCGACAGCCGGGUGCCUGCCAGCACAUCCCUGGCUUUCUCCGACCUGACGGAAGAGUUCAUGGAUGGCAUGCAUGAAGAAUUUGUCAGGGAAAUCGAGGAACUGAGAUCAGAAAACGAUUACCUAAAAGUAAGCAUAUUUUUUUCCAUAUUUGCUUCAACUACAGAAAUUCCUCCCUCAGAUUGUUCUAAUUUGUGAAAGAAAACAAAAACAAAACCCUGCUCUCCAAGAACGGUUCUGUUAAAGGGGCAAUCUGUAGUUGCUACAUACAUUUUGGACUUAUAAAUGAAUGAUAUGUACCCAUUGAUUCUUGAAGAAAAUAACUUAGAAAUGCCCCAUGAGCUUAGUUCAACUGUCAUACUCCAUCAGAACCCCAAAUAUAAGCUUGUUUUACUCCAAUGUUUGUAAACAAACACUAUAUGGCCUCAAAACAUGGUUAAAACAUGGUCGAAGCAUGGUUAAAACUAGCAUUUUUAUAUUAUGGAUGGUCAGGACUUGCAACCAUAGUUUUGUCUAUGAAUUUGAGUGGUUACAUUUGUCCAGCCCUAGCCCUCAGUUUUAACCGAAACAGGGGCGGGGACUUCACUUUGUUGUUGUUUCAACUACUGAAUGCCGUUUUAAGAGAUGGAGCCGGAACUACUAUUUUCAUUGGCUCACCAAAGAAACGAAUUAAAUUUGCAUAAAAUAUUCAUGCAGAAUCAAUAUUCUGAACUUCAGGUUAAAAAAAUCAAUGCAAAUCCAAAUUGGCCACAUAACCAACAACUUCUUAAGUACAUGAUUGUUAAGUCAUCCUAACUCUUGUCCAAAAACAACAACAAAAUACCACACUUUGAAGGCACAGAGACUUAGGGUGGUCAGUGUUAUCUCAGAAUAUAAACUCCAUGUUGUCUCAGCUGUUGUGUUCACUGCUCAUGAUGGUCAGGUGGUUAGUGAAUUCCCAAAACAUCAGAGGUGGUUGGAGGUGGUUGCAGGGCGCUCAUCCGUUACGCACGAGAGGAUUACAGUGACAUGGUUAAGACAGCUUGACUAAUUGUAUUUUGUCAUCCAAUAUUAUCAUUGACACACGUCACGGAGACUGGCUCAGUGUGGGGGCUCAAGAAUUAAUUGAAUUAUCCUACAGGCCUGUGUGCAAAGGCGCACCAUAACAAGCACCAUAACAACGGUUUAUCCAAGCAACUUCUUGGUUACCUUUAGCACAUUUUCUUUCAUUAGUAUUAUUAGAUUUAGAAUGAUGAUUAUUAUGGUAUACAUAGGCCUUCCUAGGCUACUGUGUGGUGGCCAUCUAAGAUCAAAAGUCCACAAAAGAAGGCAGUUCACUAGGACAGUAAUUUGCAUGAAUGCGUAAUGCACACUUCCACAAUCAUGCUCAUGAUAGGUUUUUGGUUAAUUGCUGACCAUAAUCAUCAAAUCUAUCUGACUGAUUGAUUACCACAGACAGCCAUGGGGAGCCACAUCCUUCUUUAUUAGUCAGUCUAAUUACGCGUAAAAAUCAGGUCAUGUGUGCAGCCAUAGUAGUACCUGAGCUCCACAUCUUUAUUUAUUAAUCCCCUGCUUCCUCUCUCCGGUCCUCCACACAUCUGUCGGACUAUUGCAGCUGUUUUCUGGGAGUAGCCUGCCUCGUGCAGAUGCUGCAGUCGAGUGUCCUACCGUCCUCAUUCCACACAUCAUUGUUUGUACCGGGUCGCACUAGUGACACGCUCUGCAGUGGAUGACCCACAUUCCCCUGUCUUUUAUCAGCGUGCACUGCGCGGCAGCCCUCCGCAUAUUAACCAUCUAUUUACUACUACUACUACACACUUCAUCCACCACCCGUAGAAAUAUUUCAUCUGCCUUAUUACUCUGCCGCUGUCAGGUGGGUUGUAGGAUUUGGGCUAAUGCCUCUCCAACUGCACACUGUGUUGUUAUGUAAGUAGUAGUUUGGAAUGCCAGGUUAACGCCCCUAAGGCUUUUUGGGUUUGAUUUAAAUCAAAAAAUAAUUUAAAUCAUAAAUCAUAACAUUGUUAUUAUUCAGGUAUACAGCUGUGGAAAAUAUUAAGAGACCACAGCAAAUUUUUCUUAAAUCAGCAUCUCUACAUGUAUGACAGCCAUUCCAUUCCAACACAGGCACACCUCAUUCUACUGAAUUAGGUACUGAUUAGGUGAUCACCUGAACCAAAUCUUAUUUAACGAGGAAAAGUAUAAAAACCACUGCUGUGGUCAUCACUAUCCGCUUGCAAUAGGACCAGCUGGAUGGCAAAAACAGUGCUAAUUGUACCUCAAAAGUAAUAUUAAUCAAAAAAUAACUAUUGACCAUGCCAAAAGAGUUGAAAAUGAAAGUUUUGAGUGAGGAAAAGAAGGGUUCAAUUCUGGCUUUACUGGCAGAGGGAUACAGUGAGCAUCAGGUUGCUUCCAUCCUUAAAAUGUCAAAGACGGCUGUUCAUAAGAACAAGGUCAAGCAGCAGACAUUGGGGACAAGAAAGCUACAGACAGGCAGAGGGCGAAAAUGACUCUCUACUGACCGGGAUGACCGCCAACUCAUUCGAAUGUCACUCAACAACCGUAGGAUGACAUCAAGUGACCUACAAAAAUAAUGGCAAACGGCAGCUGGGGUGAAGUGCAUGGCGAGGACGAUUCGAAACAGUCUCCUAGGGGCUGAAGUCGUGCAAAGCUAGAAAAAAGCCCUUCAUCAAUGAGAAGCAAAGAAGAGCCAGGUUAGGUUUGCAAAAGACCAUAAUAAUUGGACCGUAGAGGACUGGAGUAAGGUCAUCUUAUCUGAUGAGUCCAGUUUUCAGCUUUGCCCAACACCUGGUCGUCUAAUGGUUAGACGGAGACCUGGAGAGGCCUACAAGCCACAGUGUCUCACAUCCACUGUGAAAUUUGGUGGAGGAUCGGUGAUGAUCUGGGGGUGCUUCAGCAAGGCUGGAAUCGGGCAGAUUUGUCUUUGUGAAGGACGCAUGAAUCAAGCCACGUACAAGGUUGUCCUGGAAGAAAACUUGCUUCCUUUUGCUCUGACAUUGUUCCCCAACUCUGAGGAUUGGUUUUUUCCAGCAGGACAAUGCGCCAUGCCACACAGCCAGGUCAAUCAAGGUGUGGAUGGAGGACCACCAGAUCAAGACCCUGUCAUGGCCAGCCUAAUCUCCAGACCUGAACCCCAUUGAAAACAUCUGGAAUGUGAUCAAGAGGAAGAUGGAUGGUCACAAGCCAUCAAACAAAGCCGAGCUGCUUGAAUUUUUGCGCCAGGAGUGGCAUAAAGUCACCCAACAUCAAUGUGAAAGACUGGUGGAGAGCAUGCCAAGACGCAUGAAAGCUGUGAUUGAAAAUCAGGGUUAUUCCACCAAAUAUUGAUUUCUGAACUCUUCCUAAGUUAAAACAUUACUAUUGUGUUGUUUAAAACUGAACAUGAACUUAUUUUCUUUGCAUUAUUUGAGGUCUGACAACACUGCAUCUUUUUUGUUAUUUUGACCAGUUGUCAUUUUCUGCAAAUAAAUGCUAUAAAUGACAAUAUUUGUAUUUGAAAUUUGGGAGAAAUGUUGUCAGUAGUUUAUAGAAUAAAACAAAAAGGAUAUUUUUACCCAAACACAUACCUAUAAAUAGUAAAUACAGAGAAACUGAUAAUUUUGCAGUGGUCUCUUAAUUUUUUCCGCAGCUGUAUAUCAGCUGGGCAAAGUUCCGUUCUGUAUUAAUCUCAGUGUUCUGCAGUGGUUUACUCCUGGACUGGUUAUGUAGACUACCGUUAUGAUGGGGUUGUUAAUGCUAUAUACAUUGUUCUUGAUUCUGAGAUGAAGAUACACAUCCUGCUAAGGAGACAGUGACAAUGAUGAUGGUGUUGAUGACUGAUCUGAUGCUGACAUAUACUGUACAUUAAUGAUUAGAAAGAGUAUAGUGAUUGCACACUAGCUCAUCAAGACCCUGUAUAUGGUAGGUAACCAUUUCCAACCAUUCUCACCCCUCCUCUCUCCUCCACCCUUCCCCCAUCCUCUCUCCCCAGGAUGAGAUGGAGGAGCUGCGCUCUGAGAUGUUGGAGAUGAGGGACAUGUACAUGGAGGAGGAUGUGUACCAGCUGCAGGAGCUGAGGCAGCAGUUUGAGCAGACCAACAAGACCUGCCGCAUCCUGCAGUACCGCCUCCGCAAGGCCGAGAGACGCAGCCUCCGCGUGGCCCAGACGGGACAGGUGGACGGGGAGCUCAUCCGAACCCUGGAGCAGGACGUCAAGGUGAGUGGAGAGGGAGAGAGUCUGGAUGGAUCCGUGUUUGUGAGGGUGGGGUGUGUCUGUCAUCAUCGACUUCCAUGGACAGCUAAAAUGGUGUGUGUGUGUGUGUGUGUGCGCGUGUGCAUGCCAAUGCAUAAUUCAUAUGUCAGUGACACAAACAGAAACUUGAAGAGAUACUGAACAUUGGGUAAUUGCUAGCAUUUAAGUGUUUACAGACUUUUAGAAACUUCAAAGAUAGGGGGUAUGACAUAA